GUACCGAGCCGUGUCGUACCCCCGCCGCCGCAAUGAUGCCUGGCAGGACUCUGCGCAAGAGCGCGCCGCCCGCCGCUCCUUCAGAGCGGGAAGUGGUGGCGGAAUGCGCCCUAGAGCUGCGCAGGAUCGGCGACAAGUGGAACCUGAGGCAAAAGAUCUUGAACCUCCUGACAAAGCUGUUCUGCCCAGAGACGUGAGAUCCUCUCGGACAGGGCGCGCUGAAAAGCAAGACAAGACCUUGGCUUUGUGGAUUCGAAACAAGGGACUUCACCGGGAGCCAAAGAAAGCUCUUUGCAUUGCAUUUUGCUGCCUGUAGCCGCUGAAGGAUGGCUGUUGCAACAUGAUUUCUUUGAAGAAUGUUAUAACAAUAUUGGAGUUGGAAUGCCAGGUGGAGAAAAAGAUAGCGAUGGGCAGAGUCACUUUGCCAUGCGCUGGUGAGACUUUUGGGGCAAGACAGAACUUGUCCUCCAUCCUGAUCUGAGAAUACUUCCUGGAGCCUGGCCCUCUGGUCCUCGUGUCCCGCAGCUACUUUUCAGCGAGGAGCUCAGACCACCUUCAGGGAAAAGCCAAAA